AUGGGAAGCGGAUGUUCAACCGAAAGCUCAACGGAUGUGCGUUGCAGUUUCGUUGGAUUAAUGGAUGAAAAAAAGGAAUCCUGGAGGGGGCGACUUCUUGGAGACAUUGGAAAGGAUCCCACAGGUGUCACGCGAGACUUCCCCAGAACGCAAGUAUAUGUGGCAGCCCCAAACAGAAAUAAUUACUAUCGGGAAAAGCAGGACCAUGUGAGUGUAUUGGUGCUGAAAGAUAAGGAAGACGAAAGCAAGUAUUUUUCGGACAGAAAUGAGCGCGUUCGCGAAUCCCUGGAGUUACUUGUAGAGUUGUGUGGGGAAGACUCAAGCGUCAUAAAGUCUGAAUGGGAAAAGCAGCAAAAAGACAUCCCUGACUCAUCAUCGCUUCUCAUGACUGUGCUGCUUGAAAGUGGCAUGAUGCGUGCCACUGAAGCAAAUACCGAAAAUGGUGGCGCGGGCGGCGAGACGGAUGCGGUCACAAAUAUCCAAAACGGCGGUGGCGGAUAUGCACCCAAAUACACAGUUCACAGCAAAGCGUUGCGCUUGAUGCAAUACAUGGUGCAGUCUGUUGCUUUCUUUUCAACACAGCAUGUUACUGAUGCGCUCCGUUUCUCAUGGUGCAAACAUAUGCAAGAUGUUUCAUGGGCAGUUUAUGUCUAUACCGAGGGAGGUGCGUGUGGAAAGGAGAGAAACAGCAGUGAUGAAAUUUUAGUUUUGCGACAUAUGCACACUCUCCGUCACUACGUUGGGCAGAGUGAGCGAAGCACGCAUCCCCGUUUUGAGGUUGAUUGGGCUUGUACGUUUCAUAUAGAUCUUAAACGUCUUCUCGAUGCUAACAACACUGCGGCGAAGGAAGCCACAUUCGCCCCUGAAGGGGAAGUGCAGCGUAUAGAUGGUGAGUUACUUGCGGCUCGAAUCGAGUCACCCAACCGUAAACUUUGUCGCAUUACCUCUACGUGGAAAAAGCGCAGAAGUGAGCUUGAGGGGCGGCUCAUGGAAUGUUUCGGUGUUGAACUUACAAAAGUUGAUGUGCUUGAUGAAAAUGGGCCGCUCUCUGCUUUGAACAGUGGCGGGUAG